AUGAACGAAAGUACAAUGAUAAACGAUGAUACAUAAAUAAAUACUCAUAUGAAUAGUAUUUAGUUCAAUGAAUAAGAUCAUUUUGAUUUGAAAAUUCUUAAUUAGAAAUAGGCUGAAACAAUAAAAGAGCUCACUGAUGAAGGUAUAAAUACUGAAGAUAUUAUUCAAAUACAAAGAAAAACUAUCAAUAAUAAUGUACAUAGUGUACUUUAUUAAUAAUAAGUUUAAAAUUCUAAUCAGCAAGGAGAAUAUGAUGAUAAACAAUUUGAGCAAUAGAAAUCUACUUCAGAAAAAAAGAAGUAGGAAUAGUUAACAAAAUAGUAAGUCGAUAUAAUGACUGAAAAAAAGAAAAAUAUAACUCAAGAGUCUAGCAUAAGCAAGAUAAAAGUUUCAGUUUUUUCAAAAGAUUCAUUUCCAUUAAACUAAAAAGAAUCAACACCAAAAACUUGUUCAUAGAUAGUUUAGCGCAAGGGUUUUAUAAGAAAUUAAAACCCAAUAAAAUUAAUUAAAUCUAUCAAUUUACUAGUUAAUGUUAAAAGUUUUUAUCGCUUGCUAACAAAAAACACUAGAAUUUUAGGCAAAUUAACAAGAGACUAACAUUACUUAAUUAAUGAUAUUUCUUCAGUUUUUUAAAAAAAUAAAUAAUCUAAAAUAUUCAAAUUAUUUUUAAUCUUUCCUAAAAUAAAAAAAACCCUUCUACAAAUGAAUAAUUGUAUAAGCAAUAUGAUUGCUUGCAUUCCAAUGUUUUAGCCUUAUAAUUUAUCCAAGUUUCUUUGGGAUAUUCUGUAAGCUAUUUUAAUUUUAAGUGUUGUAUUUGUUAUUCUUAUCCUUGAUAUGCUAUUUACUUUCAACACUGGAGUUGUGGAAAAGGGUAAUGUCAUAUUUGAUAGGAAAAAAGCAGCAAAAAUUUAUUUAAAAAAAAAUUUUAUCAUGGACUUAUUAGCCUUGUUGCCAUUAUUUAUGUUUUAUCUAGAUAUAAAACUUGAAGGUCUAUACUCAUUGGUUAUCUACUUUUAAAUUCUGAUGAAAUUAUUUGUUCUUUCUGAUACAUUUAAUAGGUUAACUUAUUAUUUGAGCUAUCAAAAAAACAUGAAAAAUAUUGUAGAUUUAGUAAAGCUUGUUUUUAUUAUAGCAUGCGUUUGCCAUAUUUUUUGUCUAUUUUGGCAUGGUCUAGCAAUUUAUGAAAUUAAUCAAGGUUCUAACACUACUUGGCUAUAAUAUAGAGGAAUAUAAGAUGCAGAUGUGUUUACAAGGUAUGUUUAAUCAUUCUACUAUCUUGCAGUUACCAUGAUAACAGUUGGAUAUGGAGACAUAACUCCUCAAACGACCUAUGAAAUACUUUUUACAACAAUAACUAUGUUUGUUACUGGUUUCUUUUAUGCAUUUAGUUUGAACAGGAUAGGUAGUAUUAUAGAAAAUAUAGAAUUAAAAGACAAAUCUUAUAAAGAAAAUAUGCAAAUUAUUCAUAGAUUAAUGAGAGAAGAAAAUGUAUAAUAAACUUUAAGAGUUUAAAUUUCUAACUAUCUGCUAUAUUUAUAUAAAGAAUCAAAUGAAAUAGGAAAGCAAUAGGAAAUAGAAAUUACUAAUAAGCUUUCUAAAUAAUUGAAAUAUGAUCUAACUCAAGACAUUCAAGGAAAAUAUCUAAAAGAUAUAGAAUUUAUUGAUAAAUUAGAAACAAAAUCUAAAAUAGUUGAAAUCAUGGAAGAAUGUUUAUUUUCACCUGGUGAAUAUAUAUUUAGAUAAGGAGAUAUGGAUGACUGUUCUUUAUACUAUAUAGUCAAAGGAAGUGUAAUAAUUACUUAUGACUAUUAAUUUAGAGACUAAACUGAAAGCUUGAUUAUCAAUUAACUAAAAAAAUCGCAGUAUUUUGGUGAUAUGUAAUUUAUAUAAGGGAAUGCAAGAAUUUUAACUGCGCAAGCGAGUGAUUUUUGUAGGACUUAUAAAAUACCAAGAGAAUAAUUCUUCAAGUGUAUCAAAGAAUCUGAUUAAGAUUUUGAGAAUUUUCAGAUGCUUAAAGAAGCAUACAUUUUCAAAGACAACUAAAAGCUAUUUAACAUGAAAUGUUACACAUGUAAUAAAUCAGAUCACAUCUCUAUAAAAUGUCCUAAAACUCAUUUAACACUCUCUAAAUAAACACUCAUUUAAAAAGAAAAUAAAUCUAUACCUCAUUUGCAAAGAGAAUUUAAGUCAAGAAAAUAAAUUAAGUUUAAUUCUAUUUUUAGCAACUUUGAUAUUAUAAACGGAGUUUAUUUAUUUAUUGAAAAGGAUGAAAAUUUAUUAGAUUUAUAAAUUUUAGAGGAAGAAAUGCAUUUAAGCUAAGAUGAAGCAUACUUAGAACAAUAAUUAUUAGAAUUAGAGAAAAUAGACUAAAAUGAAUUGUUUACAAAGGAAAUAAAACAUUUUGAAAUCACUAAUUAGACAAUAAGCGAAGCAGAAUAAGAAGAAGACUCCACAGAUGAAAUAAGCCCAAGAUACAUUAAUGAUACUCUUUUUAGCUCUAAUAAAUAAAGAAAUAAUACAAAUUAAAGUAGCUCAGAUUAGAAUUAAACAUAUGAAGUUGAAUUAUAUUAAGAUAAUAACUCUUUAGCUGAACGUAGCUAUAGUAAUAAAGAUAAAAUUUUAAGUUAAUCUUUGAAAAAUAAGUAAGUAAAAAGCAUAGAAUAAAUUUAAUCAAGUACAAAUAAUUCUUUUUUAGAUCAACUAACUUAGUAAGACAAUUAAUAUGACUAAAGAUAUUAAAAUAUAGAAAAGAAUUCUAAUAUAAGCUUAUCUAGUCAAAAGAAUUAAUAUAAACAAUAUUAAAAUAGCACAACAUCUGAAGAUGAUUUGAUAGAAAGUUAAGAAAACAUUCAAAGCUAAAUUUAAAAUAGUUAGUUAAAUAAUGACAAUAUCAUAUAAAAUUAAUAAAAGAAAAAAUUAGACAUUUCUAGUGAAAAAAAUAAUAAAAAAUGCUUUUCUGAUCGUAAAAAUAAUUUAGUUUACUAAGAGAACUCAUUUGAAAAAUCUGAAGAAUUAUUAAAUAUUGAAUAAUUCAAACAAGUGGCUAGUUUUGUUAUUAAGAACCAACCAACUUUAAAAAAUGAAAAAAUUAAAAUGUUUUAAAAAAAAAAAUCUUAGAGUUUAACAGAUUUAUGUGAAUAAAUAAAGUCGGAAUAACAAAAUUCAAAUUAAAUUAAGAGUCAAUUUAAUAUAAAAACAAAAAAUUAAAUCUAGCAAAAUAAAUUAAAUCAAUUGAAUUUGCAAAUUAUAAGAUCUCAAUCUUGUAGGGAAACUUCAAGGAGUUAUACUGAUAUUGAGUAAUAGAUAAAGGGAAACAAAAAAUACUUAUGUUAAACAGCAGAUUAUCGUAAGAAAAAUACCUAAUAAAUUAAAGUAACUAAUACCAUCUCUUCAAACAACCAAAUUUAUGAAGAUUGCUAGCAAAAAUCAAAUUCUUCAAUACAAAAUGGUAGUUAUUCAAAGUAAAACAUGAACUAUAAUUCUUAAACCUCUUUAAAGAGUUUAACAAAUAAUGAAAUUGUUUAAAAGAGAGAGUAGAGCAGUAAAUCACUACAAUAGAAUUAGUAAGAAUUAAUCAGAUAACAAUCUAAAAAAAUAGCUCAACUAAGACAAUUCAAAUUAUAAAGAAAACAAUCCUUAAUUUUAUCCCCAAGUAUUUUACAAUACCAGUUAAACCAAAAUCAGAAUACUAGCACGAAUCCUAUUAAUAACUAAUUUAACUAAAAUAACUAAUCGCAUAAUUACUAAUACUAAGAAAACAACUAAAACAGUCAUAAAAAUCUAUAAUCAAUAAAUUAAAAGCUUAAUUCAAAUCAAAUUAAUAAUCAUUAAAACCAAAUUUUGCUAUCUUAAAUUUCUUUUUAAUUAAAGAAUUCUCCAUUAAUUUAAUAUAGACACAAACAUAUUCAUGCUAAAAAUAUGUUAACCUAGAGAUCUUAGGAAACAUAAAAAAGAAGAAAUUCAAAUUGCUCUUUAUUUGAACUUUAAGAAAACUCCUUAAGACAACUAGAUGCUCAUAAAAAAAGGCCAUCCAUAAGUUCAGAAGUAAACUUAAAAGAAAGUAUUAAGAAAUAAUAGUAACAUUAAUAAGGAUCUAAACUUGAUAUAAUUUCCUAAAUUUAGAAUAAUUCAUAUUUAUAAAAUAACUUAUCUCUGCUCUAAAAUUAAUUGAUUUAACAAAAUAUUUUGAGUUAAGAAGAUAAUAUUUAAAAGCUGGCAGUAGACUCAAGUUAUUUAAUGCUCUAAAUAUUUGAUAAACCAAAUAUUUUUAAACAUUAUUAUCCUAAUUAUAACAUUAAUAUUGUAAUAUAAAAUUUAAAAUAAAGUGAUAGAAAAAUAAACAAAACUUAAUCAUUAAGAAAACAAGUUUCGCGUAAUAUUGCAUCAAAUAAAAGAGCUUUAAAACAAGUAAAUUAAAUUAAGCUAACAAAAGCAAAUACAUAAGGUUCAAAUAAAAUAAAAAAUUUAGAUAUUAAUUUAAACUAAAAUUGA